UCGUCUUUCGAUACGCUCCGCCCACUUUCAUAUCCGGAUGCCGACGUGUUCGUCAUCGUCUAUUCGGUCGUUGAUCCGCAAUCAUUCGCUGAAAUUUCCGCUCAUUGGCUUCCAGAGAUAAAUCGUGGGAAUCCUGUGGCGCAAGUGCUGCUGGUCGGGACGCAGGUUGACCUACGAUGGCAAACCUCCAAGGAUACCGUCUCGACAGCUAAAGGGCGACAACUCGCCUCGCAAAUCGGUGCCGAGUUCUUCGAGUGUUCCGCCCUUACGCAGCAUAAUUUGAAGCAGAUGUUCGACUCCGCCAUCCUCGCCGCGCUCGAAGGAAGGCGGGUAAUCAAAUCUCCUCGUCCUCACCUGCACACGUCUCGAAUCAAGCAGGGCUUCCAUCGUAUCAUGAACAUGACGAGGAAGUUCAUUUGA